AAUCUACAAAUGAUGUCUGUGAUAAACACACGUAUCUACUUCGACUAGUCAACAGUGUCGCGUACGGCGCAUCGGGUCGCUGCGCGCAAGCCUUCUAUACCACUCCAUUUCAUUGAUACUGACUGGCGCGCGUCCUCUCAACUUUCCCGCCAAAACGAAAAACUGUGUGACAUUACUUAGUUUCAUUCUGUGUUUGCCAUGACAGUGAUUCUAUAAUAAUAUUCAAUUAUUUGUGCAGUUAAUAUUAAAUAUGACUAUUGCAAGCGAAGAACAGGAACCACUUAUUUCUACGUCCGUAGAAAAUCAACGUGUGACGUACAAUAAUUCUCCGCAGGAUGGGAACUCCCCUCCAGGUACACCAUCAGGCACUGGAGAUGUUACCGUAUCUUUUUCACGUAACUAUGGCACUAUCGGGGGAGUGGAGAAGGUUACAUACACUUGGGCGGACAUCAACGCGUUCGCGUCUCAAACCAGGUCCAGGAGACGAUUCUGGAAUUUCUGGAAGACAUCUUCCAAUGGCAUGUUUCAGCAGAGAAAACAAUUGUUAAAAAAUGUAAACGGCGCAGCAUAUCCUGGCGAGUUACUGGCCAUCAUGGGAUCUUCUGGAGCCGGCAAGACUACGCUUCUCAACACACUAACUUUUCGAACACCAAGCGGCGUAGUGUCUAGUGGUACAAGGGCACUGAAUGGACAGCCAGCUACUCCGGAAGCGCUGACAGCGCUGUCUGCGUAUGUUCAGCAACAAGAUUUGUUUAUUGGUACUUUGACUGUUCGAGAACACCUAAUUUUUCAGGCUCUAGUGCGCAUGGACCGACAUAUACCAUACGCGCAGCGCAUGCGCCGAGUGCAAGAAGUAAUUUCCGAGUUAGCUUUAUCAAAAUGCCAGAAUACAGUUAUUGGGAUACCAGGGCGUUUGAAAGGCAUAUCAGGUGGGGAGAUGAAGAGGCUAUCAUUCGCAAGUGAGGUCCUCACAGACCCUCCACUGAUGUUUUGUGACGAACCCACCUCAGGAUUGGACUCAUUUAUGGCACAAAAUGUUAUACAGGUUUUAAAAGGUCUAGCGCAAAAAGGAAAGACGGUGGUGUGCACGAUACAUCAACCAUCAUCUGAGUUAUACGCAAUGUUUGAUAAGCUGCUCAUCAUGGCGGACGGCCGAGUAGCAUUCUUGGGCUCUCCUGAUCAGGCUACAGAAUUCUUCAGAGAACUCGGAGCGGCUUGUCCAGCAAAUUACAAUCCUGCUGACCACUUUAUACAACUCUUAGCGGGGAUGCCUGGCCAGGAAGAGGCAACUCGUCAUACUAUAGACACUGUUUGUACAGCCUUUGCCAAGUCAGAGAUAGGUUGCAAUAUAGCAGCGGAGGCAGAAAAAUCAUUAUUUCGUGAGAGUAAGCUAUCUGGUGGAUGGACAGAAGCAGCAUGGGCUGGAGCUGCCGCAAUUCGGUCACAUCGUUCCCCAUAUAAAGCGUCCUGGUGCGCUCAGUUCCGAGCAGUUUUAUGGCGGUCAUGGCUAUCUGUCACCAAAGAACCAAUGUUGAUCAAAGUGCGCUUCUUGCAGACUGUGAUGGUGUCAAUACUGAUUGGUGUGAUCUACUUUGGCCAACACCUGGAUCAAGACGGCGUGAUGAACAUCAAUGGAGCCAUAUUUAUAUUCCUUACAAAUAUGACCUUUCAGAAUAUUUUCGCUGUUAUAAAUGUCUUCUGCUCAGAACUGCCAAUAUUCAUUCGGGAACACCACAACGGGAUGUAUCGAGCUGAUGUUUACUUUUUAUCCAAGACCUUAGCGGAGGCUCCUGUGUUCGCCACCAUACCACUCGUGUUCACUACCAUAGCUUAUUACAUGAUAGGGUUGAAUCCUGCACCGGAGAGAUUUUUCAUAGCUUCAGGCUUGGCUGCACUCAUCACCAAUGUUGCCACGUCAUUUGGUUACUUGAUAUCGUGUGCCAGCAGCAGUGUGAGCAUGGCUGCCUCAGUGGGACCCCCAAUCAUCAUACCAUUUAUGCUCUUUGGUGGAUUUUUCCUAAACUCUGGGUCCGUUCCGCCGUAUCUCAGUUGGAUAUCCUACCUUUCCUGGUUUCGAUACGGAAACGAAGCAUUGCUGGUCAACCAAUGGUCUGGAGUCGAUUCCAUUGCAUGUACAAGAGAAAACUUCACAUGUCCUGCUUCUGGGCAGGUCGUACUCGAGACUCUGAGUUUCUCUGAGGAUGACUUCCAAAUGGACAUAAUCAACAUGGUACUCCUAUUCCUUGGAUUUAGAUUUCUCGCUUAUAUAGCACUUUUAUUGCGCACGCGGCGCGCGAAAUAAAUUAUUAGUAGGUUGAAAAAUUUACCUACCAAUGAUUGAAUCCAAUGAGAUUUGAACCCAGAUCACUCUGCUGUUCGGAUCGAGCGUGUUCCCAGUUACAGCAAAGAAGGAUUAUCAGCUGGUGAAUUUUUUAACCACUUCAAACAUAAUUACGCCCGAUAUAGGUGUUAAAUAAAUGUAUACUUAAUUUUGUUAUUAUAUAUAAUGACUGUACGUAUUCCUAUUUUAGAAACUUAAUUCGUUUUUGACAAUAUCUGUCUAUUUAUAAUGCUGUAUUCACAAACUUCAGACAGAUAAUGUUCCAUUAAAUUUUUGGAUUAAGCCUAUGUUUAGUAGAUGAAAAUUCAAUCAAAUUUUGUUUUAUUUUAUUUAUUAUUUAAUGAAUCGGCCAAUACAUUGGUGACCAUUAUAAAAUUAUAUACAUAAAAUAGAAAAGAAUUUUAUUUAUGAGUGAAUUGAUGUAAUCGAAAU